CCCCCUACCCCUCUCUCUUGCAAAAUGGCGGCGACAGCUCCCGCUGCGGCUCCGGCUCCGGCCCCUGCCGCGGCGCCCCCGGCGCAGAGCCCCCCGGCAGCCCCGGCCGCCCCGCCCGGAAACGCCGCCGCCGCCGCUCCUCCCGCCGCCGCUCCUCCCGCCGCCGCCCCGGCGCCGCCGCCGCUGUCGGCCGCGCUCUCGGGGCCCUUCCCCGGCGGCCGCGUGGUGCGGCUGCACCCGGUGGUGCUGGCGUCCAUCGUGGACAGCUUCGAGCGGCGCAACGAGGGCGCGGCGCGGGUCAUCGGCACGCUGCUGGGCACCGUGGACAAGCACUCCGUGGAGGUCACCAACUGCUUCUCCGUCCCUCACAACGAGUCCGAGGAUGAGGUGGCAGUCGAUAUGGAGUUUGCCAAAAACAUGUACGAGUUGCACAAGAAGGUGUCUCCCAGCGAGAUCAUCUUGGGCUGGUAUGCAACAGGUCACGACAUCACGGAACACUCUGUCCUGAUCCAUGAGUAUUACAGCCGGGAAGCACACAACCCCAUCCACCUCACCGUGGACACGAGUCUCCAGAACUCACGCAUGAGCAUUAAAGCCUACGUCAGUGCCCCAAUGGGAGUCCCUGGGAAAACUAUGGGCGUGAUGUUCACACCUCUGACAGUGAAAUACGUUUAUUAUGACACAGAGCGGAUAGGAGUGGAUCUGAUCAUGAAGACUUGCUUUAGCCCCAACCGGGUCAUUGGCUUGUCCAGUGACUUACAGCAGGUGGGCUCUGCCUCGGCCAGGAUCCAGGACACGCUCACCAUGGUGCUGCAGUACGCCGAGGAUGUGUUGUCUGGCAAAGUGGCUGCCGACAACACCGUGGGACGUUUCCUGAUGGAUCUUAUUAACCAGGUGCCAAAGAUUUCACCAGAGGACUUUGAGACAAUGUUGAACAGCAAUAUCAAUGACCUGUUGAUGGUAACCUACUUGGCAAACCUCACACAAUCACAGAUUGCUCUCAACGAGAAACUUCUGAGUUUAUAAAAGCCUCCUGCUAGCCUGCACUUCCAGGAGCCUCAAGAGCGAACAGAAACACUUUGCUCUGUUACUACAAAUUUCCUUGGACCGUAAUUUGAUCACUGAGGUGACUUGGUUUACAUCUUCAUUUCCACGGCCCUGAAAAUGCCUGAGUGAAUAGGAAUGGCUGCAGUGGAGUCGAGCCCAGUACUUUGAAAUGGAGCACGUUGAUCUUUUUGUGUCCCAGGUUUAUCUGCUCGUAUGACAAAACACAGCUUAACCAUAAGAAUGUUAUUUGAAAUAAAAGUUCCAGUGCAGUGGCGAGAAAGGCUUCUGCCAGCAAAAAA